GUACAGACACCAUAAGGGUUUUUACUGUUUACUGUUUUUAAGCUUCAGUACUCUCAGGAUUACCCAAGACAACCAGGAUUACCUUUGCUAAUUAUGAAGUAAAGAAGACGCCGGUUACACAUAUCCAUGGAGUCCAACCUGUCCGGCGUGUCUUCCCUCAAAGAAGACGACGCGGCGCUUUACAUUCAGCCUCACUACAAAGAAACCUACCGCCUGGCCAUCUAUGCUCUGCUCUGCGGAGGCAAGGAGGCCUACGAGGACUUCCUCCAGGCCGAGCAGAUCAGCCACUUUCUGUCAGAGGAGGAGAUCCUGUUCAUCUUGGAACAUGCAGAGCUGCCCGAAGUGGAGGACGAGUGUGAAGAGAGAAGGGCCGCCGACGAGGUCAGCCCGUCCACCUACUUCCCAACUGAGUCGGACGAGGAGGUGCCGGACCUGGACCUGGGCUGGCCGGAGGUCAUGCUGGAAGGCACGGACACCAGCAUCAGCCUGCUGUUUCAUCCUCCCAGGCAGAACACGCCGACCAUUAAAGAGGUGGUCCGGAAGCAGAUCCAGGAGGCGCACCAGAUUAUUGCCAUAGCGAUGGACGUCUUCACUGACAUUGACAUUUUCAAAGAGAUCAUCAGUGCGACGCUGAGGGGAGUGGUGGUCUACAUCCUUCUGGAUGAUUCCCACAUCAGGAGCUUCCUCACCAUGUCACACAGGGUGGGCAUUAACAUCCAAGACCUCAAGAACCUUCGUGUUCGGACAGUUCAAGGGCAGCAGUAUCAGUGUCGGUCCGGGAUGAAGUUUCACGGAGGUUUGGAACAGAAGUUUCUUCUGGUGGACUGUCGGACAGUUUUGUAUGGAACGUACAGCUACUCGUGGUCAUUUGAGAAGAUACACCUGAGCAUGGUCCUGGUUAUCACAGGUCAGCUGGUUUGCUCCUACGACGAGGAGUUCAGAAGACUCUACGCUCGCUCCACAGUUCCUGCACUGGUGUGUAAAGAGAAUCUUUCCAUCCCAUACCAGCGAGACACUGUGACCCUGCAGAGUCCAAACUCCAGCCACCUUUCUCUCAAUCAAGUUCACAUGAGGUCGAGAGUGAUGCACGGCAUGAGAGGUGCUCAGGACGACAGGUUUAACAGCACCACCAUGAUGACCAGAGGCCUGAGCAUGCAGGAGAGGCUGCAUCAGUCUCACUAUGCUGAUGUGGGGAACCUGGUGAGAGGACACAGUUACGGCGGGGAACUGCAGAAGAUCAACUCAGUGACUCGACUGAGGAUGGGAACCAAGGACAUUGGAGCUUCUCCUGAGAGGAAUGGACUUAAUCUGAGGGGCGGUGGGGAUUUCCUGCUAUCAAACAGGUUGUCUCAGCAGCACCUCAGGCACCAGACUCGUUACGGUGCGGACCAGAACCUGAUACCGUUCAACUCUGAAACAUCGCUCCACAGGUGGAAGAUUGACACAUAUCUUAAUGAGAGCGACAUGCUGGACGCGUCGUGUGAUGCAAUAUCCCCGUUGACGUCUCCAUACAACAGUCUCACAGGUUUAAACGAGCAUCAGUCUCAGCUGAUUCACAGCAGGUCCAGGGACAUCAAGUCCAGAAUGGAAGAAAUGAGACAAAAGAGACUCAGUCUGCAGGAGUAUGCCAAUCUCAGGCAAAGCCAAGAGUCCUUGAAAGCCAUGUAUCCUCCUCUCGACAGACUUAAGUUUAGAUCUUCGUCGAGAGGUCUAGAUGCAAGGCAGAGCAUGACAGACUUAGAGCAGAGUGCACAAGACAACUGCAAACUGAAAGAGAGUGACACCAAGAAGGAAGGUGACAAAAGAGAGCAAGUUCUCACCGAUGGCCACCGCUCUGCCUCCCACUACGAUAUCAAAACGGUGGCAGAUCGAAAGACGAUGCAGACGUACGACUGGCACGAGCCUCUUUCCAGGACGACAUCAGCUGCUGAUUUGGAUGUAAAAGUGAAUGAUGCGAUGCUCAAGCUCAUUGUCCAGCACCCAAGAGCAAUGGAGUCUUUGACUGAAAUCCCUGAAGAGAAAGAGGGUUCCAACACUCGCGUUAACAGUUUAGAGUCAGAGUCAGUAUCAUUGAAAGACGGAAGUGCGGAGAUUUGCAAAGACGAUAAAGCUGUUCCAAAGGAGAACUCUGUGAAAUCAAGCUUACCUGCUGAUCCGCAGUGUGAGGAUCAAGCCAGAGGAAGCCAAGCGUCCAUACGUCAGGUAACCAACAGCAUAGGCUCCCCUGCUCCAAAAGAAGGACAGAACUCAGUUUCCAGGGAAACCGAAACUGCUCCAAAGACUUCUACAGGAUCUCUGCAUGCAAGUGAGGCUAAGAGCAGUCACACAGAAAAAGGGCAAACACAGCCAGAGGAACCACCGCUCAAGAGGAACAACUCCCUCAGAAUGAAAGUACAGUCACUGCUUACCUCAGAUGAAAAGAAAGCUUCCAAAAAAGAGGAGAAGUCCUUCCAAAGAAAGGCCUCGUUCAGAAAUUCUUCAGGAUCAAAGGCGGACCAUUCACAGGCAGCUGCUGCAGAGCAAAGCAACAGCAAAGGCCAACCGCCGAGCACCCCCAAGUCACAGAGGUCUUCUGGUGGUCCAUCAGAUACAGAGAAGUAUAAAUCUCCAUUCCAAAGACUGGCUCCUCAGCGUUCGAGCAAAAAGAAGACAGCAGAGCAGGAACAAAGCUCCAGGAGCGCUCUGGAUGGCAAAGGAGUGACCGUGUAUCAAACCACUAAACAGAAAGCCUACAGUCGGUUCGAGUAUUUGCUCACCACUGAAACUAUUCAUACAGAUAGGUCUACAGGGGUGGCAAGCAUGCACUCCUCAGACAAAGACAGAGGCUCUACGCUGAACAGGCAUGACUCUGGCUAUCAGACGCAAAGCAGCACUGACAACAAGCUGGGACGAUUCAUGCAGCGAGUAGGAAACCUAAUCGGCAAAAACAAGUAGGGCUGGAAGAAGAAAAGAAGGCCACCAUGCUCAGGAAUGAAGGCGAUGUUAGCGCAUAGUCCUUGUGCUGUUUAUUGAUAGAUCUGGGCUCCAACACAAAGACUGUAUGUUUAUACCUUGAUGGGUUUUGUGAUGUGGUUAAGACCUUUUAUUUAUCACUGAUGAAAACACAAGGCAUUCUACAUGAAGUGUCUGUCACUUUGUGUUUGUAUUACUCUGAGCUGGGUGUUACAGGGUAGCAGGGUUGAUGUGAAAAUACCAACACGACAAGAUUCAAAGAGGGUGAAGACGACAGUAGUGAGUCAGGUGAAUGGUAAAAAUGAUUGUUAAAGACACAAAUGUUCUGUACUUGAUGCUUUAUUUGGAAGGAUGAUGAGAUUCUAUAUUUUUAUUGUUAAUAGAUCACAAAACCAACAAUGAUGAUCUACUGACAAAUAUCAUGUAUGUAAACCUGAACUAUAUAACAGUUCUGCUCCUCA